UCCAUACAACACACUAGGGUUGCAAAUUGUAAGCACUUUCCUUGACCAAAUGUGUUUUUCCUUGAUCAAAGCUGGCAGCAACAUAUUGCAUAUACUCUGAGAGCACUGCUUAGCCUAUUGAUUGAUUCAAUUUCACGUUUGAUCAAACUCUUAACUACCGAUUAAUCCAUCGUCAAUCAAUCAUUAUCAUCCCUACAAUAUACUAAUUCUACAUACCAUGUACACCUAGUAAUACUCUGUUUUAGCAGUCAGUAUAACCAUAGGGACACUUUACCACUCAUACUAAACAGGAAAUAAUACAGGAUGUGUGGUGUCCGUAAAUCAAUCUGCUACUUCAACAGAAGAACCACCCCCCACAUUGUUUUUCCUUUGUGCAUUCCACUGGGGGAUAAUGGUGCAUAUUAAUUAUGGACUGUAUAAUAAAGACGGACAGCCUGACAGCACCCCCAGGUUGAAGCAAAAACAUCUUGAUCGCCCCCUAGUGGCUGGCUGCAGUGUAGGUCAUGAACCCCACCCCCUCCAUGGCAGCUGAUGGGAUGUGGGCCAAACUUAAAAAGUCCAAGUACACAUGCACUGUUUGUGGUCAAACAAAUGUGGUCACCUUCCUUUUGCCUAAUUGGUCUGCAGCACAAAAAUCAGGCUCGUGCUAACCACCAAAAGCUUUAAAAGAAAAUUGACACUUACAGAGACAGAUGAGAUCCUGCACACCUUCCUGCAGCCCCGCACUUCAAACUACAGUUGAGCUGUGAGCGAUGAAUCCAGCAGUUUACCCGCCUGAGGCUUUUCCAUUGCAGGGGGGGUAUGAUGGGCGCCCUGGACAGCCUGGGGGACAUUCAGUGGUUCAGCACACCAUUGUGAACGUCACCACCGAACCCCCCAAGGACCACAUCAUCUGGUCCCUCUGCAACUUUGUCUACUCAUGCUGCCCCUGCCUUGGACUGGCGGCUCUCAUCUUCUCCAUCAAGGCCAGAGACCGGAAGGUGGUUGGAGAUCUGGAGGGUGCCCGACACUACGGCUCCACUGCCCGCUGUCUCAACAUCAUAGCCGCAGUCCUGGGUUGCAUCAUGGUCUUUAUUUUCAUUAUUACAGUCAUUGUUGUGGCUGUACAGAUUAAUUCGUAUGACUCCUACUAUGGCUGAAUUUAAACAGAAUUAGAGCUGUCUGCUGCUGUGGCUUGGUGGUGUUUCUGGUCAUCUUUCUUAUGCUUAUGGCACAAUUUUUAACUUUUUAUCUUUUUACUCAUAUCCUCAAGCAGAAAUGAUACAAAAGUCUUAAAUGGAACUGAACCAUGUUUCCUUAACUGCUGUCUGCUGUCAAGUUUGAGUGCCAGACUGUGUUAUUAAAUUCCU